AUGUCUAAUUUCGACCUCCUCUACACGUGGGCGACGUACAUCGUGCUGCUCGUUCUGUCAUGCCUUCCCCUUCUUUCGGUCUACCGGAGCUUCUUGCAUCCAUUACGCCGGUAUCCGGGGCCAUGGCUGGCCAAAAUUACGGACGGGUACGGUGGCUACAACGCCACCCGGAUGCGUCUUCACCUAGCUGUGAAGAGAGACCUCGACAAAUACGGACCUGUCUAUCGGCAGGGCCCGAACCGACUUGUAUUCAAUACUGCUACAGCCCUUAAAGGUUUGUCAAAUAGAGCGAUCCAAGUUGUGACCGGGCUGGCACUGAUAGCCACAGAUAUAUACAAUAGCGAACGAAUCGGCAAGUCAUUCGUUUACACGACCCUCCUCAAAGCGAAGACCUCUCCAAAUGUCUUCAAUGUCCUUGACAAGCAGCUUCACCGCAGCAAGCGCAAGGUCAUCGGCCAGGCCGUGACCGAGCGCGCGAUGCGCCUCUUCGAGUCCACCUUGCAACAACAGGUCGACAUCUUCAUCGAGCAACUCAAGUCAAGCAAAGGCCCCACGGAUAUUAGCCCGCGAUGUAGAUACGUGGGACUCGACACGAUAGGUCUGCUUGCUUUCGGGUACGAUCUCAAUACACAGCAGAACCUUGAACACCGGUUCGUACUGGAUGGCCUGUUCGCGGGCAACUUAAAAAGCAACAUCAUCUUUCAAAUCCCACUGCUCGAAGCCCUCGGUAUCAAUGCUGUUUUAUCUAGACUUAGUGGGAGCAGUCGGGUUCGGUUCUGGGGUCUCCUGGACAAGAUGACGACGAGCCGUUUGAGUAUGGGGAAGAAUGCCCGUAGCGAUCUCGUGUCCUUCGUUGCCGAGGGGCCGCAGGGGGCGGCCAUGGAUGAUGCCCAGCUGCGGGAGCUUCUUUUCUCUGAGGGUUAUUUCUUCGUCGCUGCGGGAGGUGACACAACUGCCGCAUCCCUAGGUGCUCUGCUCUUCUAUCUCAGCCGGGAGGUCAACUCAGAGGCGUACAGAAAGCUCGCGGACGAGAUACGGACGACUUUCCCCAGCGCUGAGGAGAUCCGCAGUGGGCCAAAGUUGUCUGGCUGCCAUUACCUCCGUGCCUGCAUCGAUGAGGCCUUGCGCAUGUCACCCCCAAUCCCCGGAAUCGCCUGGCGCCAGCAGGCUGCAGAGGACCCCCAAAAGGGGCAGCCCCUUAUCAUCGACGGCCACGUCAUUCCGCCUGGGACACAGCUAGGAGUGAGUGCGUACGCGCUGCACCACAACGAGGAGUACUUCCCAUCGCCCUUCUCGUUCCAGCCUGAGCGCUGGCUUAAUGCCGAGAAGGACGCAGCGCAGGCCGCGAAGAUGAGAUCCGCCUUCAUGCCGUUUUCCGUGGGGUCGCGCUCGUGCGCCGGCAAGGCGAUGGCGUAUCUCGAGGCGAGCCUGGUCAUCGCCAAGACGCUGUGGCAUUUCGACUUUGCGGCCGCGCCGGGAGAGCUGGGCCGUUUGGGCGGCGGCGGACCUGGCAAGGGGUUCGGCAGGGAGAGGCCGGAUGAGUACCAGCUUUACGACAUCUUUGCCUCAUCUCACGAUGGGCCGUGCCUUGUGUUCACACCGAGGGAUCAGAAGAAAUGA